GGAUUCCACGACAUAAAAUCCCCGGAAGAGGCCCCGCCAUUGUUCAUUUCCCUCGCUCGUCACUCAUCGACUCCAACGCAGGGUUUUAGAGCGCAUGCAAAACCCUAACCAUGGCGACCCAGCUCUUCACCCGCUCCCUCCUCCUCUCCAAGCCUCAGCUAGCCCUCGCCUCCCUCCUCUCUCGCUCCCUCUCCUUCUCCUCCGCCUCCACGCCUCGCUCUCGCUCCCCUCUCUCCCUCUCCUCCCUCCUCCACCCGCUCUCCGCAGCCUGCGCCGAGAUCCCCCAUCGCGUCGCCGCGGCCUCGUCCGCCUGUUCCUUCUCGACGAGGACGAAGUCGUCGCUCAACGAUCCGAACCCCAACUGGUCGAAUCGCCCUCCGAAGGAGACGAUACUUCUUGAUGGUUGCGACUUCGAGCACUGGCUCGUCGUAAUGGAGAAGCCGGAAGGCGAUCCUACCAGGGAUGAUAUCAUCGAUAGUUAUAUUAAGACGCUUGCGCAGAUUGUUGGAAGUGACGAAGAAGCCAGGAUGAAGAUCUACUCAGUUUCAACAAGGCACUACUAUGCGUUUGGAGCCCUUGUAUCUGAAGAGCUGUCCCACAAAAUCAAGGAUUUGCCGAGAGUGCGAUGGGUUCUUCCUGAUUCAUACCUGGAUGUCAAGAAUAAGGAUUAUGGUGGUGAACCUUUUAUCAACGGGCAAGCAGUUCCUUAUGACCCCAAGUACCACGAAGAAUGGGUGAGAAAUAAUGCUAAAGCAAGCGAGAGGAACACGCGUAAUGGACGACCCCGUUUCAACAAAUCAAAGAACUUUGGAAGGGGGGAAAAUAUGCAGAGCAGAGAUUUCCAAGCCAGGGACAUGCCACCUAUGCAUAACCAAGGGAUGCAGAACCCUCCACCUCAAGGCAACAUGCCCCCACUGAGCAAUUUUGGCGGAAUGCCUCCGCACAACCAAGGUGGAAUGCCCCCAGGCAACUAUGGUGGGAUGCCUCAACGUAACCGGGGUGGAAUGCCACCAAACAGUUUUGGUGGGAUGCCUCCGAACAAUACGGGUGGGAUGCCGCCCCAGAACAACAUGGGUGGGAUGCCUCCUCAAAACAACAUGGGUGGAAUGCGACCCCAGAACAAUAUGGGAGGAAUGCGGCCCCAAGACAACAUAGGUGGAAUGCCGCACCAAAACAUGGGUGGAAUGCGACCCCAGAACAACAUGGGAGGAAUGCCGCCCCAAAACAACAUGGGUGGACUGCUGUCAUAUAACAGGGGUGAGAUGCCACCCCAGAGCAAUAUGGGAGGGAUGCCUUACAACGGUGGAAUGCCACUGCAAGACAUGGGGGCUGCUCAAAACGUGGGAGGUUCUUCACAUAAUCAAGGAUGGUCCAAUACCGAGCCUCAAAGAGAUGCUGGGAAUAUGUCAAACUAUCAGAGCCAGAACUACACUCCUUGCAGGGACCCGUCAACUGUACCGGGUGGAAAUGCUUAUUAGGUGUAGAUGUGUUUGGUCUAGAGAGAAACUUGCAUCGCAAGUCAUUGGAUUUUGAUGUAUAGCUCCAACGGAUGGACCUGUUUAUUUGCUGCUCUUAAGUUGGGAGGUGCCUACACUUUUGCAGUUGAAUAAUAUGU